GUGCAAAAAGAAGCGAGCAGUUGAAUGCAGUUCUUGACCACGUGGUAAGAAGGUGAAGGAGGAAAUGAACAUUACGAAGUGAUAGUAUCUGUAUUAAAUUCGCUGUAGAAAAUGCAGAAUCAGGCAGCAACGUCGUUCGGAGGCAGUAUGGCUAGCAAUAAACAAGGACGGACGAAAAAGCCGGGCUUCCUCGAUCGGGUCGGCGCAAAGUAUGAAAACCUUCCCGAUGCCGACUUAAUUUCUACCGGAGGUGAACUCAAUCCGUCUUCAGGGAGUGGUAUCGUUGUACCUGGAGGUGGUGCGGGAGCGUUGUCGACCUCUUCACAGAAGAAUGGUAAGAUCAUGUCGAUAUCGAGUUUACCAGGUAGGGGUCGGGCAGCAAUGCCACCAGAUCCACACAGCCGUGAUAGCGAUGACGAACGCGCACGAAUGCUCAAAGUCGGGACGUCUUCGGCCACCUCUUCAACUGGGCCUAUGAGCGGGAUGACCAGUUUCUUCUCCUCAGUCGGCCAGAGCAACGGUUCCACAACGCUGACGAGAGGUCUGGGGCUCGGAUCUUCUUCAGUCGGGCCAUCCUCCACUGCAGGUGGAGUUGGACGCUCCACCGCUGCUUCUGGUGGUAUGGGUAUCGGAGGAGGCUCAUCAUCAUCAAUAGGAGCUGCAGGAGGACGAGGAGGCGGUGGAGCAUCGGACUUCGAUUUUGGAAACAAAUUGGACACUGCUGCUUUGCAGAGCAAACUUUCGAGCAUGUAUCAAAAUUUUUCGGCACAGAGCAAGAACUUCUUUGCCACGUCAUCAAGCAGUACCGGAAUCGGGGACUCUCCAGAUCGGCCGCCUGACCUCGAGGAAGGGCGUAGUGGGGGCUUAGGCGCAUCUUCGCAGUACAUGAAUGACACAGUGAGUAAUGCUUCCGCAGACACGCUGGCCAACGAGUUCCUGGCGAAGCCGAGCUUCAAGGGCUUUACCCGGUUCGUCAAUAAUGAGUUCAGCAGUUUUUCCCAGAAAGCGAAGGUGAACUCCGAAAGAGUGCGCGACAAUAUGAAAAAUAACCUGAACAACGUGAUCGGAAAUGUGCGUGAAGGAGGCUUGGGCGAACAGGUCUUUUUAAAAGGUCAUACAGUGGUAGUGGUGACUUGUUUUUGAUGGACAGUGCAUCUUGUGUGUUAGGUUGUGGGUCUAGGUUCUUUAAUACGUAAAAACACCGCUUGAAUACAAUAUGGCGGCCUUUUCUGCAUGAGAUCAUGAACACAAGUGCCGAUUUAGAUCUUCUGCGCUAUCUUAACAACUCUUUUAAUUUGCAUGUAGUACAGGUGCGCGCAGCCGGUAGUAUGGCAUCCGAGAAAGCAAGCAAAGCGGCUGGUGCAAUCAAGACGGGCGCAUUGAAUGCAAGGGAGAAAGUAGGAAAUCUGAGUCCUCCGAACAUGGUUUCGAAGACGACCAUGAUGAAUUUCUUAGCGGUGUUUCUUUUUGGUAAUUUCAUAAUGGGCCUCGCAUUCACGAUUGGCCUGCCAGUAAUAGCAGUGGCACCACAAAAAUUCGGCAUGCUAUUUGGCCUUGGGAGCGCGCUGACUCUCGCUAGUUUCGGCAUUUUGCGCGGUUGGCGAGCCUUUUCCGCUCACCUAGUGGAAGAAGGACGCAGAAAGUUUGCGAUCGCAUACGUCAUUUCUUUCAUCGGGGUAUUCUGGGCCGCGCUGUUUCAUCCGCCAAUGGCCUACGUGUGGCUUCUAGGAUUUGCUAUUAUCGAAGCGGUGGCUUUGGCGUAUUUCCUGGUAAGCUACAUUCCAGGUGGAACACGAGCGCUCACCUUCAUCGGCAAUAGCAUGGGCAAACUCUGUGCCCGCUUUUUUGGAGUUUCGCUGUCGUCUUCAGCGACGGCGGCUUAGAAGAAUUCCAGGACGAAGAUGUUACUAGCGACGGAAAGAGCACAAGCCUAGGCGAGGGAGAUGACGGAUUCUUCUACAUGUAGAGUACGCGCACACAACAGCAACACAAGCUGUUGUAGUGCUAUGGAUGAUCAUCACCAGAUGAGCUUCCAGUUGUUCUGGUUCAGGCUUCUUCUACUUGAUGUGUUUAGCGUCAGCUUCAAAAAUUCAAAAAUCACUACUAGCAGCACGCACCGAGUCUCGAACGCAUGUCGUGGUCCACAAUCAAGCGCAACACUGUCGACAGCGGUCCGUUUUCAACUCACACACUGACACUGGAAGAUGAAGUUCUUGAUCUACGCAGCUCUGGUCCAAAAAAAGUUGUACGCGCAAGUGCUUCCUUGCUGAUCCUUCAUCUCAGCAGAGAAUUUUGUAUUGUGUAGUUGGCGCUGACACACCUGCACCAAAUGGGUACUUCUGCCCUAUUGUUGUUACUUGUUCACUUUAGGGAUCCAUCGUGCUUGAUGGACGAGAGAUAUGGAU